GUGGGACAGGGAGGGAUAUUGAGAGAGCUAUGAGGAAGCAAGUUGGAUACGAGGGACAAGGGAACGCAUGUAGACUUUGGGCUAACAGACAGACUCAGCACAGACCUGGACAAGUGAGACUGGUUCUGUCCUAACCAACAAAGAAAUCCAGGCACACCUCCACCUCUUGAUCUUCUGCUUAACACCUGGGACACAAAAGGGUUUGGGAACACCCCCCAUCCAGGCUUCGCCCUGGAGGCCAAAAGCCUCACUGUGGGCUCUGCGGAGGGGGAAUGCUGUGAGAGCUGCUCACCUCUUCCUGCACCCCUUCUUGUGUCCCCUGUGCCCACUGUGGAGGAGCCAGGUUUCACCACUGUGAGGCUGUGCCAAGAUGGAGAAGAUAUCUGCCUGACAGCAAGUGAGGGAUACAUGGAGGAGAUGAGUGGAGAUCCAAACUGUGAAGACAUGCAAGGGAAGGACCAACGAUUGCCAUUCCAGAUCUUCCCUGACCCUGUUGAGGUUGUCCUGGGCCCAGAGACCACUUUGAACUGCCUGGACCACGACCAUGCUAAGGAGCGUCUACCCUCCAUCGUUGUGGAACCCACAGAGUUGAAUGAGGUGGAGAGCGGAGAGCUGCGCUGGCCUCCGGAGACCAUGGACAUGGAGGAAGAUGAGGAGGACCUGUUUCUGGAGCAGUGCAUCCCUCCAGCCAAUAUUGCAGACUGGGGAGAAGAAGAGGAAGAAGAGGAGACAUCAGUUAUACUGAACCAGCAGCAAGGCUUGACACUCAUUGACCUUCAGUCAGAUGCAUUUAGAGAUGACACCCCAACCCUUCCACCGAGCAGCGCACCAGCCCUCAACUGACUCAACCGCCAAGAACUCGGCACUUCUGAUGACCUAAUGAAGGAAGCAUCCUGUUAUUUAGUACGUCAAAGCACAGCAACCGGGGAGUUUGUCACAGAUGAUGCAAUGAGGGAACUGAAAGCCAAUGUUGAUGAAAAGGAAAAAAUGUUUUAGAUGUCAAGCACUGAUAACAGCUCUACAUGCCAACUGUCACAUUUAUAUUCACAUUUAAAUCAAUACGUCCAAGAAGAGCCAUAUAUAGGCAUGCCAGUUCACAUUGAGAGAGACACAAAUACACACAUUCUCAGACUCACAAAAAAUAAAUAAAAGUCAGCUUACUGAUGUUGGUGACGGA